ACUAGAACCCCAAAGAUGCGCGCUUUUAUCGUCUUGUGCUUAGUGGCCGUCGCCUCUGCCGAUAAGCUCGGCUACAACUACCAGCCGGUGGGACACUCCAACUCAGGAUUGUCUUUCGCUCCUGGCAGCGGCAGUGCCAAUAUCGGUGGUGGCAAUUUGGGAGGACUCGGCGGUAAUAACUUUGGCAGCCUUGACAGUGGUCUUGGCGGCUCCGGGCUCGGUGGCUCUGGACUGAGUGGUUCCGGCUUCGGUGGCUCUGGACUGAGUGGUUCCGGCUUCGGUGGCUCUGGACUGGGUGGCUCUGGACUGAGCGGCUCUGGACUUGGUGGCUCUGGACUGAGCGGUUCAGGACUCGGUGGCUCAGGACUCGAUGGACCCGUCAACUACAAUGCUGCACCUUCAUCAGAGCUGAACAAGGAAUUCUUCACCUUCAGUGCCAACGAGGAAGACUUCGAUGAGCCCCAAGCUUUGGAACGCGUCUCCAGCUCCGUGAACAAGGGUCUGCGCGUUGUCUUCAUCAAGGGACCCGAGAACCGUGGCUUGGAGAACGCUGCUUUGGCUCUGGCUAAGCAGGCUGCUGAGCAACAGACCGCCAUCUAUGUCCUGAACAAGCAGGCUGAUAUCGGAGAUCUGGCCAACAAACUGAACGCCAUCCGCAGCAACUCCAACAACAAGCCCGAGGUGCACUUCGUCAAGUACCGCACUCCCGAGGAUGCUGCCAAUGCUCAGCGUGCCAUCCAAUCGCAGUACGAUUCUCUGGGUGGAUCCAGCCAGAACCACAACGGUGGUGUUGCCAACGCUCUGAACUUCGCUUCUGCUCCUCAGUUCCGUCAGCAGAAUGCUCAGAUCCCAGAGAACUCCUAUCUGCCAUCGUCUGUGCUGCGUCGUCUGCGUUUCCGUUACUAAGUCGAAGUAUAUUCAUAUUAACCAUAUUUUUGUUGACUCUGUGUUAUCUAUUGAUUUGUCAAAUUCUUCAAAUACACUUUUUAUUUAAAAUCAA